UACUCUCUUUAGCCGGAUCCGAGGGGGGGGGGGACAUAGACCCUACUCCUUGGGGGGGGAGGGUCGAAUUUGCGGGCACCUUGAAGCUAUAAAACUUACCCCAUUAAUGUAGCCCCUCCCCCCCCCGAACGACACCUGCCACAAGGAAGGUGCUCACUCUGUAUGUUUACCCAUUGUCAUUACCAUCAGCGUGGUAAGAACUCUCCGGAAAAACUCAGGACUGAGCUGAGCAGAGGCCCUGGGCCCAGCAUGUGGUGGUAGGAGCUUUCAGAAGGAGUGAGCAGUCUGACUGCCCUGAGCCAAAGCCCAGCUCUGCCCUCUGGCUGUGCAACCUCCUGCAGGUCCCUUGACCUCUCUGAGCCAUAGUCCCCUGGCCUGUAAAAUGAGGAUAAUGACACCCAGCUCAUAGGGCAUUUGCAAGUGUUCGGGCAGAUAAUGCCUGGGAAGCAUUUCGCAUUGUUCCUGGCACAGGAGAAGUGGUAAUUAUUAUUAUGAUUCUUAACCAGGUGAGGCUGCAGGACAAGUUGUUGGCCGGGGGCAGGGAGUGAGCAGAGCAUUCCAGGCAGAGGAGAGACGGCCUGCAAAUCUGGGAGGGGAGAGAUGGGGCAUAAGAAUGGCUGGAUGUUCAGAGUCAGAGGGUGGCGGGUGUGGCCGGAGUGGGUAGGUCUGGGCCACUCUGGGUCUAGAAGGGACCUUGGAUGUCUCCUGAGGGCACAGGGGAGGCACGGGAGGGGCAGGGGCAGAAAGGGGUCAAGUGUGGAUCCGGAGACUGGCGGAGGCUGGAGGCUGGAGGGAGGAGGCUAGGGGAGAGGACAGUUCUGAGCAGUGGAAAGGGAGAGGAAGGGGCAGAGCGGGAGGAGGGGAGAGGAGGGAAGAAGGCUCCCAGCCUCUGCAUAGAUGUGGAACCACACUUGAGGUGGAGAACCCAGGAAGGGGGUUGUGUUGGAGGGAAGAUGCUGAGUUGGAUGGGAUGCAAGGCAUUUGAGGCCCUGGGGGGCACGGAGAUGCAACUCUGGGUCUCGGGGGAGGGUGGGAGACAGCCAGUGGAGAUUUGGUCUGAGGGCAGCAGGGAGCUAUGGGAGGAGUUGGAGCAGAGUAGGAGCAGGGUCAAAUGCAGGUAUCUGAGGCUGCAGGCAGGACAGAGUGGAUUCAGGGUCAGAGGCUGGUGAGGAGGAAGCCCGAACUGCGGCUGAGGCCAUCAGAGGUGGGGCUCUCUGAAGGGUCACCUCACCCUCCUCCAAGAAGUCUUCCUGGCUUUUGUUCCCCACGGGUUUGCUACCACGUUUCCGCUGGGACCCAUCUCUCACCAUCUUCACCCCAGGGGUAGGGAGUGCAGGGGUCAGAUGCGACGAGCCGAUGAGGACCAGUGGGGUGGGGUGGCUGGAUCUGCCACUAGAUUGGGGGUGGGGGAUCCUGGCACCUCCCACUGGGUCUGGUUUCCUUCCCCGCCCAGGAAGCUACCAGUCCUGUCGGACUCGUCGACCGGGGAGGCACAGGUGCAGGCCCUGGAGUCGCACUCCAGUGUCCUCAUGGGUGCGGCCAGCACCAUGGACACCUCACGGGCUCUGCUGCUCUUCCUGCUCCUGGCCUCCCGAGAAGGGGUCCUCACCCACGGAGCCUCUUCUGGAGUUCAGCAAACCAAUUUCUCCCUGGACUCAGAAAGCUCUUCCCAUGGCCCAGGUUCAAAAGUCUCCUCCAUCAAACCCCCCAGCUGGAAAUUUCCAGAUCAGUCUCCAGGUUCAAAAAGCACUGCUGCUGUCCCUCAUUCCAAAUGGUUUCCUGAGGCCUCGAAUUUUAGCGAUGUGCCCAGGUCCGUCUGGCCAAAUGUUUCUGCUGAGGGCCAAAAGCUGAGCCUGGAUCCUACCGUCUCUGAAAUCCCGGAUUCCGAAGUAUUUUCUGAUGUCUUGGGUUCUCAAGUUCCUGCCAAAGACUCGGAGCCCUCCUCCUCUGUUAAGACCCCAGCUUCAAACAUUUCAGCUCAAGUCCCAGAUCCUGAAGUAUCUGUUGAGACCCCAGGUUCAAAAUUCUCCCCUGAGGAUCAGGAUCUUGACAUCUCUGCCCAGAACCCAGAAUCCAAAGUCAUCGCAGCAGCUCACCCAGAGGCAAGCCUCCCCCAGCAAGUGGGGAGGCCUCUCUCGGUGCUAGUGGGGACCACCAUCUGGCUCCCUCUAGUCCCGGUUCCCAGCCCCAGGCCUCCUGCUCCUCUGGUUGUCUGGCGCCGAGGCUCCAAGGUGCUGGCAGCUGGAGGCCUGGGGCCAGGGUCCCCCCUGAUCAGCUUGGACCCUGCUCACCGAGACCGCUUACGAUUUGACCAGGCCCAAGGGGGGCUGGAACUUGCCUCUGCCCGGCUGGAGGAUGCUGGGGUCUACACUGCUGAGGUUAUCCGGGCUGGGGUCUCCCGGCAGAUUCGGGAGUUCCCGGUGGGUGUGUAUGAGCCGCUGCCCCCGCUGUCGGUGCAGCCCAAGACCCCCGAGACAGAGGAGGGGGCGGCCGAGCUCCGGCUGCGCUGCCUGGGGUGGGGGCCGGGUCGCGGGGAGCUGAGCUGGAGCCGGGACGGACGCACCCUCGAGGCAACGGACCCUGAGGGAGCUGAGCCACCCCGGAUCCGCACAGAGGGCGACCAGCUGCUCAUCAUGCGCCCUGUGCGCAGCGACCAGGCCCGGUACACUUGUCGCGUCCGCAGCCCCUUCGGCCACACGGAGGCUGCGGCUGACGUCAGUGUUUUCUACGGCCCGGAUGCACCAGUCAUCAAGGUCUCCUCGGACCGCGACGCCGCCCCCGCCCUCUAUGUCACCGCGGGCAGCAACGUGACCCUGCGCUGCACCGCCGCCUCGCGGCCGCCCGCCGACAUCGCGUGGAGCCUGGCCGACCCGGCCGAGGCCGCGGUGCCCGCCGGCCCGCGUCUCCUGCUGCCCGCGGUCGGGCCGGGCCACGCCGGCACCUACGCCUGCCUCGCUGCGAACCCGCACACCGGUCACCGCCGCCGCUCUCUGCUCAACCUCACGGUGGCGGAUCUGCCUCCCGGGUCCCCACAGUGCUCAGUCGAAGGCGGUCCGGGGGAUCGCAGCCUCCGCUUCCGCUGCGCGUGGCCCGGCGGGGUCCCUGCCGCCUCUCUGCAGUUCCAGGGUCUCCCUGAAGGCGUCCGCGCGGGGCCGGUGCCCUCUGAGCUCCAGGCGGCUGUCCCCGCCCACCCCCGACUCAGCGGCGUCCCCGUCACCUGCCUCGCUCGCCACCUGGUGACCACGCGCACCUGCACUGUCACCCCGGAGACCCCUCGGGAGGUGCUGCUGCUUCCCACAGUGGAGGAAACACGGUCAGGGGGGACAGAGGUGACGCUGGAGGCCACUGGCUGCCCUCCCCCGUCGAGAGCAUCUUGGGCCCGGGAAGGGCGGCCCGUGGCCCCAGGAGGUGGAGGUCGCCUGCGGCUCAGCCAAGAUGGGCGCAGGCUCCUCAUUAGCAACUUCAGUCUGAAUUGGGACCUGGGAAAUUACUCCGUGUUGUGCAGUGGGGCUCUGGGUGCUGGGGGCAACCUGAUCACGCUCAUUGGACCUUCCAUCUCCUCAUGGAGGCUGCAGAGAGCCCAGGAUGCCGCAGUGCUGACUUGGGAUGUGGAACGUGGGGCCCUGAUCAGUGGUUUUGAGAUCCAGGCACGGCCAGAGGGCCCUGACCUGGGUAGAGCCACUACCUACAAGGACUGGAUCUCCCUACUCAUCCUGGGGCCUCAGGAGCGGUCAGCUGUGGUGCCCCUUCCUCGUCGGAACCCCGGGACCUGGGCCUUCCGUAUCCUGCCCACCCUGGGGGGCCAGCCAGGGACCCCAUCACAAAGCCGAGUCUACCAGGCCAGUCCCACCCUGGGCUCUGGGGCCAUUGCUGGCAUCAUCCUGGGCUCCCUACUGGGCCUGGCGCUCCUGGCAGCACUUCUCUACCUGUGUAUCUGCUGCCUGUGCAGCCUUAGGGGAGACUCUCUUAAAAAGAAGCAUCGUCCCUCCUCCUUGACCCCUGUGGUUCCCCCGCUGGAAAAAAAGAUGCAGAGCGUAACCCCAGUGCAGACCUCACAGCCUCUGCCCCUCAAAGUCCCGCUGGAGGACCCUAGCCCAAACAGGGCCCACCAAGCCACUGGCCCCAGUCCGGUCAUCUCUACUGGUGGGGGCCCAAGGACUGUUCGGGCAGCCACACAGGUGUGACCAGGGCCCACUCUGCGCAGGAUUUUUUUUUUUUUUUUGGUAGGACCUCCCAUUUCCCCCCAACAGCAGGCAGGGCCUUCCUGUCCUGCUGUGACUGAAGACUGGCCCCUGAAUGUGAGACUCCCUGUCUCCCUCUCAGCGCAGAAGACUCUACUUGUAUUUGUGCAACUAAGGAGCUGUGGCUUCUGGGUUGGGGGAGACUCCUGCUGAUCUACCCGUGUGGUUUGCAAAACCUCCAGGCAGGCAGGACCUGCAGGCUCGGUGGUGGACAGGCCGGUGGACAGGCCGGGCUUGUCCUGUGCUGCUCCAAGC